AUGGACGGUCUCUUGGUCCAGUGGGUGGUAGUAUCAGAAUCCAAAGCCCAAUCCUCAAGAGAAGUAGCCAUGCGCCCCAUAUUUCUGCUAUCCCUGGUCAUCCUGGCCACUCUAGUUGCCUUGUCAUCGCAGGCAAGUAGUAACUCUACCUCGACCGACACUGCGACCACCACAACUACCACCACUACAACCACAACUACCACGGAGGACACCACCACCACAACCACAGAGAAGUCGAAGAAGCGUUGCAGGCACCGCAGGAGGUUCCACAUCCGUGAAGAUCGAAGGGAUCGGAGAAGGGAGAGAGAUAAUCGUCGCCGCAGGAACCGCAGUAGCGAUAGCGGUCGUUCUUCGAGGCGUUACCGUGUUCGUGAGCGCCGCUUCAGGCGCUACUAA